AUGGUCGCCGAGCACGAGAAGAUCGAGUGGGAGGUGCGGCCCGGCGGGAUGCUGGUGCAGAAGCGGCGGUCGCCCGAGGACGACGCGGCGGCCGUGGAGUACAUCCUGGUGAGAGUCUCCACCGGCUGGCAGUGGCACGACGUCUCCAUCGACGCCACCGCAACCUUCGGCCGAGCGACUCCAGCAACGAGCCCCCGGACCGGAGUUCAGGCACCUGAGUCGGUGGCCGAUCACAGGGUGUGUCAAGAUGAUGUUGGACAAUUCAGAAGGUACCUCCUCAAAAGACUUGGUUUAGAUGUUUGA